AUGUCUGACCAAUUGAAAAUAGCAAAAAGACCAAAAGAACCCGCAAAAAAUGGUAGAAUUGUUCGAAUCAAAGUCAAUUAUUUGGCAGUUACUAAAUUCAAUUUCCCUUCUGUCAAAUCUUUCUCUUUCGAUAUCGACAAUGCAAAAGGAAGACCUUUGAAAAAAGAGGAACGUGAUGAAGUGAUGACAGCAUUUUUAAAGUCAAAAUCUACCGAAAUCAUUGCUGCGCAUUACGGAAGAUCAUUGUACUCUAAAGAUGACGUCGAAACUGACGAUUACGAA